UGUUUUUCCAGUCUUAUGCUAGGCGCUGCACGUAUUUGCCUUCCUUCUCAAGAAACUCGUCUCCUCUAGUCCAGUCAAUACUCCAUUCUUCAACCAACAUUCGCGAUUCCUCACACAUGUAUAAAUACAUAAAGAUUAGAUUUUUUUUUUCUCUCUGAUUGGAUUUGAAGAUCAAUUAACAAGAAAAGAGUGAUAAGUAAUGGUCCUCCCUCUGUUGAAGCUUGGGACGCUAGCAUUGAGAACUUUGAGCAAACCCAUAGCCGUUAGGCUCAAGAAAGAAGCUGGGCGCCUUCCCAGGUUUCGCAAUUUCAUCAUCAGCUUCGCCCAGGCAAAUCACCGGAUGACAACAACCAUGCAGCGACGCAUACAUAGUCAUGCAACUGACGUUAAAAUUAGACCUAUGAAUGAAGAGAAAGCUGUUCAAGCUGCCGUGGAUCUCUUGGGGGAAUUUUUCAUCUUCUCGGUUGCAGUAGCUGCUCUUGUCUUUGAGGUGCAAAGAAGUUCUCGAUCAGAAGCCAAAAAGGAGGAACUUCGCAAACAAGAAAUGAAGGGAAUGAGGAAAAGAGAUGAAGAGUUAGCGAAAGAGGUGGAACUUCUAAAGCAAAAACUUGAAGAGAUAGACCAGAUGGCAAGGGGACGUGGACUUGCCGGUGUUUUUAAUAUUAAGUAUGCUCAUGCUGAAGAAGUGAAGCCGGUAACUGCAGCUUGAUCUGAUUACUGAUUAUUGACGAGAAACAUUACAUCCAUGAUAAGUUAACAAACGGAUGAUUGAUCGGUCUCAUCGAUUGGAACCUAUGCAGCCAUCUGUAAUUGGUUUCUAUUCAUUGUAAAGAAAAUAGUAGAAAUCUAUGCUCUUUCAAGUGAAAUAAUAAUGGAGUAAGAUUUUCACAAUCUAGACUUGUUUAUUUCUCAG